AUGGUGCUCGACUUGGACCUGUUUCGGACCGACAAAGGCGGCGACCCAGAACUCAUCCGUGAGACUCAGAGGAAGAGGUUUAAAGAUGAGGCACUCGUUGAUAAACUGGUGGCCGCAGACACGGAGUGGAGAAAGUGCCGCUUCGCUGCAGACAACCUCAACAAAGCCAAGAACCUCUGCAGCAAGAGCAUUGGGGAGAAAAUGAAGAAGAAGGAACCAGUCGGGGAGGAUGAGUCUGUGCCUGAAGAAGUUCAAAACCUGGAGUCCCUUACAGCUGAAACACUAUCGGCCCUGACAGUAAGCCAGAUCAAGAAGGUGCGGUUGUUGGUGGACGAGGCGAUAGAGAAAACCGACAGCGAGCGGAUAAAGCUGGAGGCCGAGCGCUUCGAGUACCUGAGGGAGAUCGGCAACCUUCUGCAUCCAUCUGUACCCAUCAGCAACGACGAGGAUGCAGACAACAAAGUGGAGCGCACCUGGGGCGACUGCACCGUCCAGAAGAAGUACUCCCACGUUGACCUGGUGGUCAUGAUCGAUGGCUUUGAUGGAGAGAGGGGCGCUGUGGUGGCUGGGAGCAGAGGUUACUUUCUGAAGGGGCCCCUGGUGUUCCUGGAGCAGGCUCUGAUCAACUACGCCCUGAGGAUCCUCCACAGCAAGAAAUACACCAUGCUCUACACGCCCUUCUUCAUGAGGAAAGAGGUCAUGCAGGAAGUCGCCCAGCUCAGCCAGUUCGACGAAGAGCUUUACAAGGUCAUCGGUAAGAGCAGCGAGAAGUCAGACGACAGCGCCAUCGAUGAGAAGUACCUCAUCGCCACCUCCGAGCAGCCCAUCGCAGCCUUCCUGAGGGAUGAGUGGCUCAAGCCCGAGGACCUGCCCGUCCGAUACGCCGGCUUCUCCACCUGCUUCAGACAGGAAGUGGGCUCCCAUGGCCGGGACACCCGCGGGAUCUUCAGGGUGCACCAGUUUGAGAAGAUCGAGCAGUUUGUCUAUGCCUCCCCACAUGACGGCAAAUCAUGGGAGAUGUUUGAUGAGAUGAUCGGGACGGCAGAAGAGUUCUACCAGUCUCUAGGAAUUCCUUAUCGCAUUGUCAACAUCGUCUCCGGUGCCCUGAAUCAUGCAGCCAGUAAGAAGCUGGACCUGGAGGCCUGGUUCCCUGCCUCUGGGGCGUUCAGAGAGCUGGUCUCUUGCUCAAACUGCACUGACUACCAGGCCAGGCGCCUCCGCAUCCGCUACGGACAGACCAAAAAGAUGAUGGACAAGGCAGAGUUCGUGCACAUGUUGAACGCAACCAUGUGCGCCACCACACGCGUCAUGUGUGCGAUCCUGGAGAAUUACCAAACCGAAGAAGGCAUCGUUAUUCCAGAGAAGCUCAGGGACUUCAUGCCUCCUGGUCUGACAGAGAUCAUUAAGUUCGUGAAGCCCGCCCCCAUCGAUCAGGAGAUGUCUAAGAAAUCAAAGAAACAGCAGGGAGGAGGGAAGAAGAAGAAGCAGGACGCAGGAGACCAGAACCUGCCCGACGCCAUGGAGACCAUGUCCGUCUCAUAGACUCCACACACGACGGCAGUGUCGCUUCACCAACCACACAGAUAGAAACCGAUGGGGCAGAGCCUUGUGUGUACUGAUGGAGGUUAAUGAAGGCGGGCUCUGGCCUGUCUGUGUCUAUCUGGAUGGAUGGUGGAGUUCAUCUCAGCCUUCAUUCACCUAAAGCACACUGAAAAAGGGAAUCUGUGUGUGCUCAAACCUCAUCUACAUCUUCUCUUCAGAGUCCACUGAUCACCUGUAUGUCCGUCUGUCUGUCUAUCCCUUCUUUACAUCUGCAGCAACACUGAGCCUAAAACAAACAGAUAAGCCUCCGAAUCAGCUGCUACAUUUCUGGUUUCUGUCACUGGUGUACAGUUCAGAUAAACCACUGCUACGUGUUCAAAUCUCUCACUGAAAAGCAUGUUUGUUUUUUUUGUCUGAUUCAUUGGCUCUUUGUUGAGACCAGAAGCUGCAUCCCUUCUGUAAAACGUAUUUGAUUACUUUGUGUCUGAAAUGGUUUUAGAGUUGAUCAAACUGUAAUUCAGGAUCUUGUGAAAGCGAUCAGGUAUUUGUCUGUUUUAGGCUUCGCUUCGUUGUCAUCUUCCACCCACUGUCGCUUCAUGUCACUGUUGACCAUCAUGCUGAGCACCGGCUCAUGAUGGAAAUGCUGACAUUGUCCGUAUGUGCUUGCUGAAAUAAAGACAUAUAUCGAAGUGGCACUCACUGUAAACAAAUAUUAAAUACAGUUAAUAUGGAACAUC